AUGGACCCCCGCCCGCUCCCCUGGGUACUGGUGUUGCUGGGCCCUGCCCUGGCAUUGGCGCUGAGCCGCGCACCCUCCCCGGAGGUGCCAGAGAAGCUGUGUGGCCAUCACUUCGUCCGCGCGCUGGUGCGCGUGUGCGGGGGCCCGCGCUGGUCCCUCGAGGCCGGGCGGGCGGUGACAGGCGGCGACCGUGAGCUGCUGCAAUGGCUGGAAGGACAACAUCUCUUCCAUGGGCUGGUGGCUGAUGGGGACCCCGUGCUGGUGCUUGGGCCACAGCCCCUGCCCCAGGCCUCUCGACAUCAUCACCACCACCGCCGGGCAGCUGCCACCAACCCUGCCCGUCACUGCUGCCUCAGUGGCUGCACUAGGCAAGAUCUGCUGACCCUCUGUCCCCACUGAGCUCUCCUGGGGCAUGGCUUCAGGGGAGUCACAGACCUAGAUCUGGUCUGGUGAGCUCUUGA